AUGACUAUCGUAUCCCCUCACAACAAACUUCCCUCUGCCCGGGCGGUGAAACUCACCGCACCCUUAGAAGAUAUUUAUCAGAUCAUAAAUGAUGAUGGGGCUGUCAUCAUCAAGAACUUCCUUCCGCUGGAGUUAGUGGACAAGAUCAACAAAGAGGCCGAUCCGUACUUAGCACAACAUGCGGCCGGUCCCAAUCAUAUGUCGGAAAUCUACAAAUUAACGGUCGGAGCCAAAACCAAGCACAUGGGAAAUUUGAUCAUGGUUUCAAAGUCAUUUCGGGAAGAAGUUCUCAAUCAUCCGUUGAUACAUGCUAUUUCGGAGAAGCUGUUUCGUGCCAACUUUGGGGACUACUGGGUGAAUCGGGCCGCUGUGCUGGAGGUUCAUUCCGGUGAAAAGGCCCAAAGCCUUCAUCGAGACGACAGUCUCUACCCCUGGAAACCUUUUCUAGGGACGGACUCGCCGGAACUGAUGGUCAAUUUUUUCAUCGCUUUGACUGAGUUUCGCGAGGAAAACGGUGCGACUAGACUGGUACUAGGAAGCCACAACUGGGAAGAUUCGAACAGGUAUCCGUCUCCCAAGCAAACUAUUCCUGCCGAAAUGCAAGCAGGUGAUGCGGUGGUGUACGUGGCAAGCUUGUUCCAUGGAGCAGGCCAGAACCGCUCUCAGGAAACUCGUCGUGGAUUGAGCAUAUCUAUGCACCCUGCUCAUUUUACUCCCAUGGAGUCCCACGUUGAUGUGCCGCGGGCCAUUAUUGAGACUAUGACACCUCUAGCUCAAAGGAUGAUAGGCUGGAGGACAUGGAGUACGAAUCAUGGAGUGCCAGUGUGGACUAUCAGAGACGGGAGGAUGGAAGAUGAGUUGAAGCUGAAAUCCCUGGAGUCAUCCAAGCCAGUAUAA